CCGCGCUGCUCAGCCAAACAAAGAUACCCACCCGUGAGCACGUAUUAUUUUCAAAAUAUACCUGUAUCACCGCUGUAUUUACGUAGAAUCCCGUAAUGACAGGGCGCAGGACUUCAUAAAGGUGAGACAUCCUGAUAUUAUAACCUUUUGCUUUAAGGACGCGAGGGAAAACACGUUAAGUGGCUAGAGAAGAUCAGUGCAGGAGGAGCAGCGAGAGUGGCGAUCCCGCGGCUACGGAGUGAGGGAAGCAGCAAUCAGCAUCAUCCUAAUACGCCUCCCGCUGCAGCCUCCUUGUGCUCCGCACCUCACGCUGAUCUCAGGGCUGCCAGGUGGUGGAUUUUGCAUCCAUCAGCAGUGCGUGGGGUCCUGGGAUGGGGGAGCCAGGGUGACUGGAGGAGGCUCUUCACCUCAGAGCAUUGUAGAUGCACCUAGUUUGUCUUCAGUGUGGCCUUCCCAGCACUGCCAGUCUUAUGCUUUGAAACUCAACACACUAUGAUAAUGGUGAUCCAAAGCCAUCAUUCAGCACAUAGUGGACCUACCUCAGGCUGAGGCAGGGCUGGCAGUCCUGUCUCUGCUGGGUGGGCCACAGGAGCAGUGGAGCAUAAAACACUUACAGAAGAGGAUUCCCAGGACCCAUAACUGACCUGCCUGAAGGAAGAGCUUAAAGAGAAGCAAGACAAGGAAAUAGUUUAUUUGAUGGCAAGUGAGCCAUUUGAAGGAAGUGCCUCAAUGCUGGAGUCCGUCGGUGGAGGUGGCGGCGGCACCACCAGCAUGGCACUUCCUCCAAACUCCAUGAACAUGAACACAGUGUACAUGGACCACUUGGUGCAGGUGGGGCAGACCGGCCACACCACCUGGUAUGAGUACAACACCUUCAACAACCUGCUGGUCACACCCACCAUGCAGGCACCCCAGAUUGCCAUGCCCCAGCACCAGCACCACACCCCUGAGGUGGUCACCACAGAGCUGCCAAGGCCCAAGCAGCCAACACCACGCUCUAAGCCCAGAACCUCGGCCACAGAACGUAUGUAUUACUGUGAUGUGUGUGGUGCCUCUUUCUCCAACUCCUCCAACCUGAAGUCCCAUGCCAGGAUCCAUUCAGGGGAACGCCCUUACAUAUGUGAGGAGUGUGGUGUGUCAUUUGUACAGAGCUCGAACUUAAAAGCCCACAGGCGAACACACACUGGAGAGAGGCCAUACACAUGCUCUGAGUGUGGCCAGACCUUCUCACGCUCAUCUCACCUGACAGGCCAUAAACGAACUCAUACAGGUGAGAGGCCGUACAUUUGUGGGAUUUGUCAGGACUCAUUUGUCACAAGCACACAUCUGAGAAAUCACAUGCGAAAACAUACUGGGGAGAGACCAUUUGCUUGUCAGAUCUGUGAAGCUGCCUUUGCACAAAAUGCUUCUUUGCAAAUUCACCUUCGUAUUCAUACUGGGGAGAGACCCUAUAAGUGUACUGAUUGUGCUGCUGCUUUCCGCUCUAAAGGGGACCUGAGGAGUCAUCGCAAGCUCCACACUGAUGAGAGACCUUUUUCAUGUCACAGAUGUGGGAAAGUUUUCAAAACCAAUCAAUAUUUACAGAAGCACCUGAAAAAAUGUGGUGCUCCUCCCACUGGUAAGAAGAGAGGACGUCCCCGCAAGAUACUCACAGCAGAUUCUAUGAUCUCCAGUGUGCCCAAGAAAACGUUGAACAAAGCACCCCGAGGCAAAAGUAAGGCCAAGAGCAAGAAGGGACGAUCCAGGGCAAGGCCAACACGAGUCACCCGCCACACAAAGGUUGACGAACAAGGACAGAUCAUCCGAGAGGGAGACUUUGAAGAUGAUUCAAGUGAAGCCACUGAAGAAAUUUUGGCCUCUGAGAAGAUUACCAAUGGGGACAUCUUAGAGGAACCAUCCACCAGCUCAGAACACUUACAGCACCACCAAGAACAACAGAAGCAGCUUAGUGUGGAGGCUCCAACAGCUGACCCACUGGAGCACCACAGAGAGGAAGUGCUUCCAGACCUGAAGAUGUCAAAUGAACAGUUUGAAGACAUCACGAGUAAUGGCAUUGAUCAGGUCACAGACGUUGACCAGACAUUACACAUUGCCCAUGUAGAACACAUUGAACACAUGCCAAUUGAGGCAAUGGAGCGUGUUGUGCAGGCCACUCACUAUUGGAAGGUGCUGACACCCACCCUCUGCAUGGGGUCGGCUCCUGUUUCCGUGCACUGUCUCGUGGUGUGCCGGCAGCACCAACAGAUGAAUGCCACAGUAAUAAGUGUGGCUGAUUACCAUGGCAAUCAAGAAUUAGUGAUGACUUACUCUCAGUGUUGGGUUACAGAAGUUGAGACACAUCUGGCUGAGACCAUGGAUUCCCUGGGGGGUCAGCCAGUGACCCAGACCACUGUUCAGCCCACUGUGUGGUACAAUUACAGCACAUGGGGGGACUUGGUUAACCACCCCAUGCAAGUCCAGGUGGCUGUGCCUACUGUUCAGAUGGUUGCUGCGCCAUCCCAGACACCAUCCCCAGCCCCAGCUGCUGUCCAAACCCCAGUACAGGAACAGAUAUCAGUGAUGGUUGACAUUGGCCAAACAAAGACUGCUAAGAAAACUAAGAAACCUCCACCAGAAAAUCAAGAGAGAAAUUUCCACUGUGAACAGUGUGGUUCAUCAUUCACUAACAGUUCCAACCUGCGCAGUCACAUGCGCAUCCACUCAGGUGUGAGACCCUAUGUUUGUGUGGUGUGUGGCAAGUCCUUCAUCCAGAGCUCCAACCUCAAGGCACACAAGCGGGUGCACACGGGGGAGCGGCCGUACCAGUGCUCUGAGUGUGGCCAGACAUUUUCUCGAUCGUCCCACUUGGUUGGCCACAAGCGCACACACACAGGUGAGAGGCCUUACAUCUGCGGCAUAUGUGGUGAAGCCUUCUUCACCUCAUCCCACUUAAGAAACCACGUUCGCCGUCACACUGGGGAGAAGCCUUAUGUGUGCCAGUACUGUGGGGACUCCUUCGGGCAGAGUGUUGAGCUGCGGGUCCAUGUCCGGCACCACACAGGAGAGAAGCCAUUCAAUUGCCGGGAGUGCGAGACGGCCUUCGUGUCCGCCCGUGAACUUAAGGCUCACCGCAAGACUCACCACCUGGGAUCCAAGCCGUUCAAGUGUGAGCAGUGUGACAGGUGUUUCCGCACUCCAACCUUCCUGAGCAAGCACCAGGUGAGGUGUAAAGGCCCUAGACCAAAGAGGCCCAAGGGAAGGCCACGCAAAUAUCCCAGGCUAGAUGGAGAGGAACCUCCUUGGAAGAAGCCAAAGAAACGGAAAAAUAAGCGACCUGCUGCGCCAACUGACAGAGUCUCUCGUUCCACCACAAGAGCAAUACGCAAUGCUCAGAUGAAGAAAGAGGCAGACGACUCGAACAAUGAGGAAGGCUCACACAAGCUCAAAGAUGAAAGAAAAAUUGAAUCUCAGGAAGAAACUCCUCUGGUUCAAGAAGACACAGUGGCUGUAAAUCUAGGAGACAUUGGCAGUAUGAAAGCUGAAGAGCUAGUAUCAGAGGAGCAGAUGUCACAGCUCCCAAUGGUUCCUGUAGUACAAGUAAUAUUAGAUAAUCUUGGCCAGGGAGGUGACAGCCUUGACCACACACAGCAGGAGACCAUCAUGUUGCAGCCUACGUCAUCAGGCAUGCAGACUAUCCAAGUGCCAGGUGGCCAGAACCAGCAGCAGAUUGGUGUGAUAGACCUCUCAGGCCAGCACCUGCAUCAGGAUGACCAGCAGCCCGUGGACACCAUUCCUCACGGCCUGACAAUGGUUACAUCACACUUGCCAAUAACAUCAAAUGAUCACCAGCACCUUCCUGUCAUUUCUGCCCACCAGGUGGUCUCAGGUCACCAGCAGUCACCAGCAGUGUCAGCCCACCACCAUUCCUCCCAGCAGCAGCUACCUGUUGUCAGUGCCCACCAGCAUCAGCCACUGUCUGUUGUGGCAGCUCACCAGCAGAUACCUGGCAUAACAGCACACAAGCAGGGUCUGAGCAGUCACCAGUUGCCUGCUGUUACAGCUCACCAGCAAGCCAUCAACUCUCACCAGCAAUUGCCAGUUGUGUCAGCUCACCAGCAAACGCUCAAUGCCCACCAACAAGUCCUCGUUGUAUCAGCUCAUCGCCAGACUGCUGGAAAUCACCAGCAAGUGCCUGUUGUUUCUGCCCACCAGCAGAAUACCAGCACUCACCAACAGACAGCUGUAACAGCCCACCAGACAGUGCCAGUAUUAGCAGCACACCAGCAAGGUCUUGUUGUGUCAGCCCACCAAGUGCCUGUUGCAUCCACCUCCAAAGAGGAAGGUAUAGACACAAGUUCCCAGGUCAUAUAUGGGUCUGGACAGCCUUAUGUGGUGGACCUCUCAAGCCCAGCCCUCACUACCCAAGUCCCCUUAGUGAACCAAGUUGUGACAUCACCCCAGUUCACCAGACCAUAGCACAACACUCUAGACUCACCUCACCAAACUGUGUGCGUUUCCCUUCUGUCUCGUUAGUGAUACAUCUUGGCAUUAUUAUCUGGAUUUAGAGUAUUAUCAUAUUGGUAUGUGCUGCUGUAAUUUUCACAUUCACCUGGAGAUACAGAGCUAAGUUAAGAUUCUUUGUGCCAGUGGUGUAGGGGUGGGCAGCUGCCACACCAGUGCAAGGAUUCCCCUUUGGAGGACUGAAGUGCCAAAUUGGAUAACAUUACUGGCGGUGGUUUUGUACAAGUUUAAAUAUAUAGUGAUAACUGUUGAUAUGUGCAUGGCAAUUUGAGAGUAGCACAAAUCUUAUAUAUAAAUCUAUAUAUAUAUAUCAUUUGAAAUGCACAUAAAGCUGAAUUUAUGCACUUUAUAAGUAAUAGUCUUUACCAGGAACUCAGAGAUGAGAUAAUGUAGUUUUCAGAGUUCAUAAGGUAAUUACCUGUUAUAUAAAUGCUGGAUCACAUGACAUAUUAUGUUAAUAUGCUUUGUUCCUGCAACAUUCACUUCUCACAGUGGUAGAGAUUUGUGUGUGGUUGAAACAAUCCAUGCAGUAGUGUGGGCUGCAUUCAUGACACUAUCAGUACUAUGCAAUUUGAAUAUGCUGUGGACAUCAGAAUAGUAGUGGAGGUGGAAGCCAUCACACUACACUUGGCAGCACUGGGGAGGAUAAGGCAGUGGUGUGGUAAAGCAGUGGCAUCUCACAAGUGUCUUACUGUUCCUGUGGGUGAGAUCCUUUGAGGAGUACAUUGCUUUCCACUAAAAGUUAUGAUCUCAUGAUGUUACUUGUACUCACUAUUAGAAUGAACUGACAAUACAUCCUCACACAUCAGACCUAACUCUUACCAUCAACAUUAUGUCCCACUGGGCAACAGAACAUCACAUGAAUUUUCUGUGCACUUCUUCACACUUCACCUCACCUGCACAUGGUUUUAUCCCAGUAUUAUAUAACAUUUCAGAUAACAUUACAUUGUAAGCAUCUUCAGCCUGCAUGAUUCUCUCACAGGACAAAGGACACACCCACACCCCAUUGUUAGGGGGAUGGGUAAGCCAGAUAACACGCUGGCUCAGGCCACCAUGUAAGAGAGCCUACAAAAUGAAAGGAGACAAAACCUAAAUUGUAUUUGCCCAUCCAGGGAUUGUGAUCUAGAUACUCUUGAGUGCACUGAUCCCUACAGAACACCACAUACCAACACAAUGCACAAACAAAACACCUUCCACAACACAUUUCUCUCCUGCAGCCUCCCUUUAGGUGUUGCCAAGGUCACCACAGUCUUCAGGCAGUAUUUCUUGCAUAAAAAUGUUCAUGAAGGCAGUUAUGAUAUACUGAGUUUAUUUGUAGGAUAUAUGCAAAGAAUAUGCUCAUGUUCUUUGAGGCUAUAAGAUAAUGAAAUUUAUUUUAUUUGUUAUUCUUAAUAAGACAUUCUAAGAAUAUGCAGAUACUGUACUAAUCUUGUGUAUUCGAGGCUCUAUAAAGUAAUGAAAUAUAGUUUACUUUGAAUUAAAUAUUAUUGAAAUUUUUAUCUAUAUACAUAAAUGGAAAUAUGCCUUAGAAUUUUAUGUUAAAUUUGAUAUAUACUUUUUUUUUUCCUUUUUCUUCAUAGAUAUAUUGCAGCAUCCAUGUGAGUGUUUUUAGAUAAUUUAAAGUGGUUGUACUGUAGUACAUUGUGCAUUUCUUUCACAAAACUGCCAUUUCUUUGUAGUGCAGUCCUUCAUCACUGACUUGGCUGAACUCUUGUUGGAGAAAGUAAUGUGACCUUUUGAUGAGAAAGUUAAAAAAGAAAAAGUAGAUUCAUACAUAGUCUCUGUAGUGUUGCCUCCACUUGGACAGCACUUUUGGCAUUUUUGUCACUGAAAGACAAGUAGCUCCAAGUAACUCCAGCAAGGCCUUCACUAAGUCAUUGUCAAAAGAAUACACUGUGAAGGAGCAACAGUUCUGUUAAGGAAGCUGCCCACAUGUAAUGCCAGUCUAAGUAAGCUAAUGUAAUAAAAGUGAGGAUGAUGAAAUGUGUGAGAGACGUAGGUAGAAAUCAUAGUAAUGUGGAAUAUAUAUUUUUGAAAUCUGAAGAACUUCCAUAUAUUUGCAAGUCAGUAUUGUCUCAUUUUACAGAGUAAUGGUUAAGUGAAGUGUAUUCUUUCAUAAUAUACUGUACUGCGUAUGACAUAAUCACAUAAUUUAGCUUGUAAAGAUUGAAAGUAUUUUUAAGGUUCAACAUCCAUACUUUGGUACACACACACACACACAGAGUAAGUACACUUGUUCAAAAAUAUAAGUAUAUACAUAGUAUGCCUAAAUUGUAUGUAUGUUGAUAUGUUUUUUACAUGUAUAUUCAUACAUAUUUCAUGAAAUUUUAUACACUGGCAUAGUUGUAAAUGCCAAAUUGUGCAGGAUUUUAAAAGAGCUAAGAAGUAUA